CCUUAUCGUCCUUGAAAUUGCCUUCUCCUUCAAUCUAAGACAGAUUAUUCCGACACGCGAAGUAGUCAAAGUAUUGUCUCAAUCAAUCCAAACCAGCUUCACUCUAAACUCUCUUCACUCUCAAUCAUCAAAGCGAUACCUUUAAGUUCUGAAACAAAACAAGGCAUGGAGUUCGCUGCCAAGGUGGGAGAAGCUUUGCUAUCUGCUUCGGUGCAGACCUUACUAGAUCGGAUCAACUCAAGCGAGUUUCGAGAUUUCAUGAAGAAUAGAAAGCUGAAUGUCUCUCUCUUGGAUGAGAUAAAGACAACUCUGCUGAUGCUUGAUGCUGUUCUUAACGAUGCAGAGCAGAAGCAUAUCACCAAUCAUGCAGUCAAGAAGUGGCUUGAAGAGUUGAAAGAUGCUGUCUAUGAUGCUGAGGAUUUACUGGAUGAGAUCAACACUGAGUCUCUCAUAUGCAAGGUUGAGCAAGAUUCUCAAAACGUCGCUAACAAGGUGCGAUCCUUCUUCUCUUCUUCUUUUGGUGAAUUUAACAGGAGGAUGAACUCCAAGCUGGUAGCAACAUCCCAAAGGCUUAAACACUUUGCAAAACAGAAGGAUAUCCUUGGUUUGCAAAGUGUUAGCUUGAGAGUGCAUAAAACACCUUCAACUUCAUUGGUAAAUGAAUCCGAUGUGGUUGGUAGAGAGGAUGAUAAGGACAAACUAAUGACAAUGCUUUUGUUUGACGAAGAUGUAAAGGGUAAUGACAUAGGAGUGAUCACUAUCUGGGGUAUGGGAGGGUUGGGGAAAACCACCCUUGCUCAACUCAUUUACAAUGAUGAGAAGGUGCAGGAGCAUUUCGAUUUGAAGGCUUGGGCAUGUGUUUCAGAUGAUUUUAAUGUUUUGGAGGUGACAAAGAAUCUUCUUGAGUCCGUCACUUCAAGAGUCUAUGACAGUAAAAAUCUAGAAUUCCUUCGUGUUGAAUUAAGAAAUAGCUUGAGCAAUAAAAAGUUUUUGAUUGUGUUGGAUGACCUAUGGAAUGAGAAAUAUAGCCAUUGGGAUGACCUUGUAACCCCAUUUCAUAGUGGAAGAAGGGGAAGCAGAAUCGUCGUAACAACUCGCCAAAAAAGAGUUGCUGAAAUCACACAUACCUUUCCUGUACAUGAAUUGAGUCCCUUCUCAGAUGAUAAUUGUUGGUGUUUAAUAUCCAAUCAUGCACUUAGAAAUGAAGAUCUUAAUAAGCAUCUAGAGCUAGAAGUAGUUGGCAAGAAAAUUGCAAGAAAAUGUGAUGGCCUACCUAUUGCUGCCAAAACAAUUGCAGGUCUUUUGCGUUCAAAAGUGGAUGCAAAGGAAUGGAAUAAAAUUUUGAAUAGCAACCAAUGGGACAUACCAAAUGAUGACGUUCUACCUGCUCUACAUUUGAGUUAUGUUUAUCUUCCAUCACAUUUGAAGAAAUGUUUUGCUUAUUGCUCAAUUUUUCCGAAAGAUCUUUUGUUGAAGACAAAGAAAUUGGUCUUGCUAUGGAUGGCUGAAGGCUUUAUAUAACAAAACUCCCACGGGGAGAAAGCGCUAGAGACAGAAGCAAAUGACAAUUUUAAUGAAUUGUUGUCGAGGUCACUCAUUCAACAAGUGAAAGGAAAUCCAAGAAAGUUCAUUAUGCAUGAUCUCAUCAACGAUUUAGCCAAAUUUGUGUCUGGCAAGAGUUGUCUUCAAUUUGAGGGUAACGAAAUCUCAAAAACAACUCGCCAUUUAUCAUAUCCCCAAAAAUCAUAUAAUGGCUCAAAAAAUUUUGAGAGCUUCUUCUAUCUAAAUUGUUUGAGGACUCUUCUCUCACAAUCUGAAUUUAGUGGGAGUCCAUCAUGUUAUUUGGCCAAAAAGGUGCCACAGGAUUUGUUGGCAAAAUUAAGAUGUCUAAGAGUACUAUCUUUCUCAAGGUAUAAAAAUAUCAUUGAGGUACCGAAUAUAAUUGGUACUUUGCAACAUUUGCGUUAUCUCAACCUUUCUUACACUUCAAUUGGUAGGUUGCCUAAUGCAGUCUUUACACUUUACAAUUUGCAGACUUUACUUUUAUCAAAUUGCAUGUGUUUUAAUGAAAUUCCAGGAAAGAUAGAAAAGCUUAUUAAUUUACGUCACCUAGACAUCAGUGGCACUGCUUUGAAAGGGAUGCCUGCACAAAUUAGCAAGCUACAAAAUCUUCAUAAUUUGAGUAAUUUUAUGGUAGGCAAACAACCAAAUGGAUUAGGGAUUAAAGAGUUAAACAUGCUCCCUCAUUUGCAAGGUAAGCUUUCCCUCUCGAGACUAGAAAAUGUUGUUGACUCAAUGGAUGCUUUGGCAGCAAACAAGGACAAAAUUGAGGAGCUAGAGUUGGAAUGGAAUUGUGAUGCUCAAGAUUCAGAAACUGUGAAAAAUGUACUCAGCAUGCUACAACCUUCAACAAAUAUACAAAGAUUGACCAUCAACAAUUGUGGUGGCACUAACUUUUCGGAUUGGGUGGCAGAUUCUUCAUUCAUGAAUAUUACAUUUUUAUUAGUGAGUGAUUGCAAGUAUUGCUUGUCACUCCCAUCGUUUGGACAAUUACCUUUGCUCAAAGAGCUCUUGAUUAUAAGGAUGGCAUUAAUACAAAUAGUCGGACAAGAAUUCUAUUGCAGUGGAGGAGAGGCCUCUUCAUUUCACCCAUUUCCAUCCCUAGAAAUUCUAGAAUUUAGAGAUAUGCCUAUUUGGGAGGAAUGGACAUUGUUUGAUGGUGAAGGUGCCAAAUUUCCUUUUCGUUAUCUUAGACAUUUGGGUUUAUAUGAUUGUCCAAUGUUGAAAGGAGACAUGCCCGACAACCUUCCAUCAUUGACAAAGGUUUUUAUCUCAAACUGCAAACGGUUGGAGGCAAAAUCAACAGAUUUGCAAUGGAUUGCAUCUAUUGAAAAAUUAUACAUUAAGCAAGGGGAACAUGGGUUGAGAGAUCUUGAUAAUUGUUCUUUGGAUUCUUUAAAAUAUCUAAGAAUUGAGAAGUGUGAUAGCUUGCGGUCUUUGCCAAAAAUGAUAAUGGGUAGCUAUUUUCUUGUAAAGUUGUCUCUCAUAGAUAUCCCAUUAACCUUGUCCUUCCCAAUUGAUGGUUUGCCCACUUCUUUGCAGCAACUUAAAAUUGAAAAUUGUGAGAAAUUAGAGUUCCUAUCUCAGGAAUCUCGGCAAACCUUCACCUCACUUAAAGACUUGAAUAUUCAUAACAGUUGCCAUUCCUUGACAUCCUUUUCAUUAGGUUGUUUUCCCAAGCUUAAAAGGCUUGGCAUUAGCAAUUGUCAUAAUUUAGAGACCUUUAUAUAUGUUGGGGGGUCUGCUCUUCCCUUAGAAUCCUUUCAAGUCAAAGAUUGCAAAAAACUUAGGUCAAUGUCAGAAGUACACAUUGAUUCCCUUACCAACCUUCAAUCUUUUUAUUUAAUAAGGCUUCCAAAUUUGGAAUCAUUGCCUCAUUAUGGUUUGCCUUCUAAUUUACGAUUUUUGGAAGUUAGUGGCUGUGAGGGACUCUCUAGUAUACCAAUUGAAGAUUGGGGUUUUCAACAGUUGACUUCUCUCUCAACAUUGCAUAUUGAAGGUGAUGGAAGUGAAACUAUGCUCCAUAAUUUACUAAACAAUCAACUACUACCCAAGUCUCUUGUGCAUAUCUACAUAUAUGAUUUCUCUAAUCUUAAACGGUUAGAUAGAAAAGGGCUUCGACACCUCAUAUCUCUUGAAGAGCUCACCGUCUGGAACUGUUCAAACCUUGAAUCCUUGCCAGAAGAUGUGCUACCACCCUCUCUUCUUUUGCUAGAUAUCAUUGGGUGUCCUAAAUUAGAAGAAAGAUAUAAUUUUGAAGGAGGAAAACACUUGUCCAAGAUCUCUCGUAUUCCAACCAUAAGAAUUAAUGGUGAAUUCUAUGAUCCUUGCGAUAGUGUAUUGCUUCAAAUGGUUAGCGAAGAUGAGGAAGCAGUCAAAAAGAGACAUACAUGAUAUGCAUGCAGGGAAGCUUUCUCAAUUGUCAUGUGGUUGAAUUGAAUCAUCAAUUUCUAUGUUACUUCUGCAACAAUAAGGACAACAAAGGUAUGAUAUCUAGAUUUAGUAUUACAUACAUAGUUCAGUUUAUUGAGAUUAGUGACUUAAUUAACACACUUCUAAUUUACCUGGAGAUCUCUCUCGAUUGAAUAAUUCCCCACCUGUAAUCCUUAGAUGCUUAUUUUGGUAUGUUAAAAGAGUGUCUUAAAAUCAAUAAGACAGUGUCAGAAAAUGGAUGUGUAUUGUUGUGUUGAUGAGCUAAAAUUGAGAGUUGAU